AACUCAUUGACAAUCUAAUAUAUCAAACGUUUUAAACUUUACGUAUGAAAACUCGAAAAAUCAGUUGUUAAAAACCGACAUUUUAUUCGGAACUGAUCCCAUACAAAAAUUUGUUGAUCCUCUCGUGAGUAAGCAAAAUAUCAAAUAAAUUUCAGGAUAGAAGCCAGUUUUCUGUUCUCUUUUCGUCAAAUUCACUUAGAUUUGUAGAUUUUAAUCAUGGCUCGGCGUUAUGAUUCUAGAACAACAAUCUUCUCACCUGAAGGAAGAUUAUAUCAAGUUGAAUAUGCUAUGGAAGCUAUUGGUCAUGCUGGAACAUGCUUGGGAAUUUUGGCUAAUGAUGGAAUAGUUCUUGCUGCUGAACGUCGUAAUACUAAUAAACUAUUAGAUGAAGUUUUCAAUUCAGAAAAAAUUUACAGACUGCACAAUGAUAUGUGUUGUAGUGUUGCUGGUAUUACUUCUGAUGCUAAUGUCUUGACUAAUGAGUUGCGGCAAAUUGCUCAAAGAUACUUACUUCAGUAUGGUGAAUCUAUCCCCUGUGAGCGAUUAGUUAGUUGGUUGUGUGAUUUGAAGCAGGCAUAUACUCAAUAUGGAGGCAAACGACCUUUUGGCGUGUCCAUUUUGUACAUGGGGUGGGACAAGCAUUAUGGUUUCCAACUAUAUCAGUCUGAUCCUAGUGGUAACUAUGGUGGAUGGAAAGCUACUUGUAUUGGUAAUAAUAGUGCUGCUGCUGUAUCUAUUUUGAAGCAGGAGUACAAGGAAAAUGAAACUUCUCUUGCAGAUGCUUUAGCCUUAGCUGUGAAAGUGCUUAGUAAAACUUUGGACAUGACUAAGUUAACUGCAGAUAAGUUGGAGAUGGCAACACUUACUCGGGACGACAACAAAACAAAAAUUCGAAUAAUGCCCUCUGCUGAAGUUGAAAUGCUAAUCAAAAAGCAUGAGGAAGAAGAAGCUAGAAAUGAAGCUGCUAAAAAGGAAAAGGAACGUGAAAAAUCUAAAAGCUAAGAGGAUUCUAGAAACGAAGAAAUAAGGAAACAUUGUUUUUGUAUUUAACUUUAUGUAUCUGUUUCUUUAGUGUUUUGUAAUAAAAAAAGUGUUAUUUUGCACUA